CCCGCCCGCCCGCCCGCCUGCCUCGCUGAAGAAAGAUUAGAAUUCUCAAAUGUCUCAAUCCAUCAUCCUUUUCCCACAAAACAACAAUUGUCCUACUGGAGUCUAAUUCUACCAUUGUCUCAUAUUAUCAAUCUUGUCAAAAUUUCCUCAAUCUGAAAAUCCCCAACAAACUUAUUUGAUCACAACAACAACCCAGAAUUUUAUAAAUUCAGGUAAUGCUCAGUUAUAUGGUGUUUGUGGAUCUGCUUCAAGCAAUACAAAUCAUCUUCCGGGUGUGGAAUUGACCAUCUCAGUAAAUGUGUGAACUCUCUCCUGCUGAUGGCUUUGUUGAGAUAAAUGAGAACUUGGGAGAUAUGAUUAAGUACGUGGCAAACGAACCUUCUGUAGGACUAUACUACAUCCAGCAGCAUGCCCAGAAAGCAGUGCCUAACAUAAUCAGGCUCAAGAAUAACAUCUUGGAAAAGUCACAUGAAGUGAGUUUACACACUGAAGAUUUGGAGGAUUCUGUAGCUAUGACAAGGACGAUGAAAAAUUGUGGCUCCCCAGUUAUUGAUGCAAUGAUUCGAGAUAUUAAGACAUCUCUGACCAUAAUGUCAACCAAACAGCCGGUUAGAGGUGUUAUCCAUCAACGCACUUCAAGUUAUCAGGCUGGUGCAGCCAGUUCCUGGGGCUCAGCAUGGGCCCGCUCUGCAAUUAGUGACCAGAAUGAUGUUGUGAAGUCAGGAAGUUACUUUUCAAGCGUGUUCCAGUCUGCUAAGGAAAAGGCAGUUAACUUGAAGUGGGCACAAGGUACUCAACUCGAUAUAAAGGAGCCAUUACCUUCUGGAAGCAAUAGUUCCACUCAGGUGGAGGAAACUGAUGAUUUGCCUAUAUCUAGUCAGGUUAAAAAUGAGGCAGUUGAAGGCGGCAAUUUAUCCGUAGAUGGAAAAUCUCAACUCGUAUUGCCAGAAGCAAUAGAAUAUGAUGAGUUCAAGGCUGAUAGGGAAGCUAGACUAGAAGAGUGGUUGGAUGAUUCAGGCAACAUUCUUCAAAAUGAGAGUGGUGAGGCUGACGGAAAUGGGCCUCAUCGGCUUGACAGUUUAUGAUGACGUCUCUGGUGACUUCAUUACAUCUUGAUUAUACUGACAUAUUGAUCACAGUGAUCUUUGAACUUGAAGGUAGAUUUUUGUCUGCACCAUCUGUUGUAUCCAUAUGAUACCUGUAACCUUCCUGACAAUUGGCCUUAUUUUUUCUUAUUGUACAGUUUAGAAUGUGCCGAGGCACAAUUGUAACUAUGUUGUAAUAAUAACUGAGGACGACAUUUAGCUUAGCUGGUGCUCACCCCGACUUACAUGGUUAAGUCACAGCCUCACUUCACCCUUCCCUUGGGUGGUCACUCACUUGGUUAUCUAAACAUAGGGUCAUAGGAUACCAAGUGUUAGCCGCUUCCCUGAAAAAUAAAAUGUAUUUUGAGGUUGGAGUUUUCUUUCAAUAAAAAAAAUGGUUUGUUAGUUUAUGAAA